CUCUACAGUGCUGCUGUACUCACCUCACCCAGCAAACCACAGCGCUGCACCCAAGUACAGUGAUUGUACUCGACCGCAUGGUCUCGUCCUUGACGCACCCCGCCGCGCGCCAACUUCCCUGUUUUUGGCACAGUCAUCCCCUCUUGCCUCUGAGCUCGACCGCCUCGAUGUGGGAUUUUUUUUGUUUUUAAGCUACGAAACCCCUCACCCAUCCAGAGAGCUCUUUGAUUUUCUGUCCUCACUGUGCACGUCUGGACCAACACCUGUGUGCUUGUCUAUCAACAUAUCGUGACCCGUAAAUCGACGACGUCAUUUACAUCUAACCCACCUCAGCUUCUUUUGCAGCCGUAAACGCUGCACCCACCGCUCAUCAUGGUCAACUGGAACAAUUUGAACCCGUUCUCCCGACGUGAAACCUACUCUGUAGGCGAAAUCACUGGUUACAAGGUCCUCACCUUGGCCACCUGGUUGCUCUCCGUCGUCUCCUCCGUCUACUACACCCUUGAGAAGCCUCAUGUUGGCCACCAUAAUGGACAUCGUAUCUGGGAGCAGAAUGAUCUCCACGUCAGUGCCUUCACCAUGAACUCCAUCAUUGCCUCCAUCUUCUGGGUCACCCUAUUUGUUCUCCAAUUCGGCUACAUCACUCGCCUCUUCUCCAGCAACACCGAAACCACCCAUGCUGCCUCCAGCGUUGGAAGCCACUUCAUUGUCAACAACCUCCUCCACUUUGGAUUCGUGUGGCUCUUUGUGCGCUCCCGCUUUGCCUGGGCUGAGGUGCUUCUCAUCAUCAACUUUGUCAACCUCUCUGCCUUGUACUUCAGACACAACACCUACCCUCGAUUCAUCCAUGCCCCGGUGGUGUCUGGACCGCUCGCGUGGACGUUUGUCGCCAUCUACUGGAACGGAGCCAUCAUGGUCCCCAAGCAGGACACUCUGGUUCUUCGCAUCUUAGCCAACGUUUUCAUCUGGUCCAUCCUCGCCUAUGGCUCUUUCUUCCUGGCCAUUUACAAUGACUACACCAUGGGUCUUUCCCUCAGUGUCCUUAGCGCCGCUAUUGGUGUUGCCCAAUUCCAGCGCCAGAUUGUAGCCUUCCAGUGGAUCUUUGCCUUCAUCAUCAUGGGACUCCUCUUCCUCGGAACCCUGGGCGUUGCUGUUCCCGUCUGGACUGGACGCGAGCUCAAGUGGAAGACCCGCGCCCCAGCUGCCGAUGCUGAGCGCGCUCCCCUUCUUAAUGACGAGUAAGCAAUCAUCGGAGCUCGAAUAUGAAGGAUGCAACAAAUUUAGGUCGACUGCUUGUUGUGUCUGCAAUGGAAAGAAGUUUGGGAGGGAAUGCUAGUUGUCUCAAGUUGAAAUGUCGUUUUUCUGUAUUCUUCGUUUGAUGUUGUUGAUUUUGCAAAUGGGACAGUUUAUUUAUAUAGCUUGUAGUAAUGCAAUUUUGCUUUUUUUUCUUGUU